UAUAAACGACCUCCCCGCACCUUGCUUGUGCGCGCUCCCUGGGAGCGUGCAGCACCGCGAUCCGGUGCCCGCUGUGUCCUCCUAACACAAUGGAACACCGAUAGUCGGACGGGACCUCUGUACGAGGUCCUGAUCAUGUGAUCACUGAUUGGCCAAUCAGUGAUCACAUGCAAAGUAGUAAGCAAGAUGUCACUUGUGACAUCAUUGCUUACUACGUGUGAAAUCUGUGAAUGAUCACAGAGGUCACAUGGUACAAGGCUAUUCACAGCAGCCUUGUACCAUGUGACAAGCUGUGACCAAUCACAGCUCAC